AUGUUGAAAACCUACAAGUCUGCACCUAAUAUCUACAUUUCGGGUGGUGGGCUCAAUUCUCAAGCCUCUCAGUUCUCUUCGCAGGCCAAAGCCAAAGCAGGGAGCUUACCUAUGUUUGAAUACCCAUCAGGAGCAAAUAUCCCCAUACCUCCUUCCAUUAAAUCGCCCAAGCUCCAAAAGCUGCUUCAACAAGGUGCUACACGUCAAGAAAUAAAGACUGAAUUCGGGACCUUGACUUUGAAACAGCUUGAACAAGUCGGUGAUGUUAAGUACAACGCGGCUAUUGUCCAGCACUUGAUAAAGCAACACCCACAAAUCAAAUGGCCUGAAAGGAUGUAUUUGUACAACACUCUACGUUCAAACGCACAGUUGAAUGCGUUUGCGAAAAGCUUGCGCACUGUCGAUAGGAUUCAAGCUAGAAAUGUGACUGGCGUCAAGGCGGUCGCGGACGUACAGGAGGCGGAGUUUGGUGCCAUGGCCUUCGAAAAAGGUAGAGAUAAAACGACGAAGUAUAUCCAAAGUCUCAUUGAACCAGCCAUUCCAUUCCACCGCGAGGUAUAUAAGGCACAUACUUGA